ACCGCCGCGCUCCCCUCAGCGCCGGGCGGGCGGCAGGCGCGGGCGGACUCACCGAGGCGCAGGGGCUGGAGGUGGCGCUGGGGAUUCUCACAUCUGGUUAAUACAGUCCUCAGUUCAGCUUGUAACGGACUUGUGACAGUUCUGGACAUCGUGAACCUUCAAUCUGAAGUCCUGUGAUGCAAUGAUCUAAGUUCAGUACAGAAGAGUCUGUUGGGCUGCCAAAGCCAAAAGACAACCUACAGCAAUUCUGAGUCUUGGAAGAGACAUAGCAACCUUUGGGAUUAUUGCUUAGCAACUGCAAACACACAGAGGAGUAAAACUCACAGCCUGACUCCACAGCAGUGAUUGAAGUAUGGCUGCUCAGCCAGAAGCAACAGCCCAAACUGCAGGUCUAAAACAUCCCAGACUCAGAGGUAAGGAUAUGACUGCCACAGAAAUGAAGAGAAAUCAGGGAAAUGAUGAGCUGCCAUGUCUUAGCAAUUAUGCUCUGUGGAAAGAGUGUUUUUAUGAAAAGGUACAGCAGAGGUGUCUGAGUCUGCAGGAGAAAAAGGUGAAGAUGAUUCGUGCACAAAAGGCAAGAGAGGAAAAGAUAAAGAGGAGAGAACCCUGUGACUGGCUGUUCAAAGAGUGGUUCAGUGAAGUGAAAGAGUCACUAGAUACUCGCAUCUAUUUGCUCGACAAACUCCUACCUACAUUAAUUCCAGGAAUGGAAAAACUGUUAAUGGAAGUGGAAAGAAGGAAUGUGCUUUCACCAGACAAAGAACCAACCAAAUUUAACCCCAUUAAUUUCCUUGGAGAAUAUCUGAUGAGACACAACCCUCAGUAUAGUAUUUCCAGAAAACCAGGCCCAUACCUGAGAGGAAUGAAGAUGCUGACAGAGGAACUAAAAACUAAGAUGCCAGGUACAACAUCGAAGAGGCUGGCCAGGAUGAAGGCUGAGGCAAAGAGCAAACGUCACAACAGGGAGCAGGUGGACAAUAUGAAGUCUCAGGUGAAAGAGAUGAGAAAGGAGGCACUGGCAAAUCAGUUCAAACAGUGGACAGUGGAUGUCAAUGGCAGAAUACCGGCUGCACUGGUUCAGAGUGCCCUGAGGUCUUUUCUGGAUGUCAUUGCUUCUGCUCCCACAGAUGAGAGAAAAGCAAUCUAUAACAGGAAGCUGGAAAUCUUAGACACAUUGGAAAAAAAAGUAAACAUAGAUGAAUUCACAGAGUAUGUCCAUUCCUACACUGAACAUUUUUCAAAUGACUUGUUCCAAGAAAUCCUGAAGCAUCUCUGCCAGUGUGCUGAUGACUUCCAAGGAGCAAUAAGACAUGAUAUGUGGAGGCAAAUGUUUGCUGAUCUCUUCCUAGAUUGUGAUUAUGGAAAGGUUGGUCUCUUAGAUAGACAAAAAAUACUUGCCCUGCUGGCAGACUUCUAUGACAGAAGCCCGGUGAUUGCUAGGAGGGGAUUUUGUAACCCAAGACAGUGGCCAAUAAUUGAACUGCAAGAGAUUGAGCCUGCAGAUUUAUGGGGAGGCCUUGAUGACCCGGAAGUUUGUGAGGAACUCAGUGUAAAGUUAGUCUUGUCUCAAACAGGAAUUUCUGGGGGAGAGAUUUUGGCAUAUGAACCUGUAGGUGAUAAUAGACAAGGCACAAAUAGAAUAAGAACUAGUAGCAGAGAAGAUCUUUUUGAACAAAUGGGCAUGACUGAAGCUAAGACUGGAGGAAUUUCUAAGGAAGAAAACCAAGCACCAGAAUCAAGUGAUGCUGAAGUGAGAAAGGAAUGUGAGGAUGCUGUGUCAGCAGUGAAAAGUACUGAUUUUGAAGCUAGUGAUUUGGAUGGAGAUACUGUACAUAGUGAGAAAUCCAGUUUCCAUGAAGACACCAAACCUGAGAGGGAAACUGAGUCUGCAACUGCAGACAGGCAGAAGGAAGCUUUGCCAGGAUCAGCCUCUACUGGGUACAGUCUCAGUAGAGAUGGAGAACCUGGAUCUGAAAAACAGGUGGAAGAAGAGGAAUUUAGCUUGGGUAGAAAGCCUGAUACAGAAACAAGUAGGGAAGAAGUUUCUCGUAUCUCGGACAGAGAACCUGGCUCAGAAGGGCAAGUUAGUCAGGUGGAGGACAAGCUGAUUACAGAAACAACCAACACAAUUUCAGGACCAACACCUGAAGCUACAUCCAUGACCUCAGCAGACAGAGCUGUGGCAGACAUGGAUGUCAUUGAUUCAAAACAGGAUGCUCCACUUGCAGAGGUUGUAAAAGAAACUCCUGCAGGAGAAGAGAGUUUUUCUAGGCAGCGUGGCAGCCAGUUUGGCCAACAGACAAGCUCGGAGACGAGACUGCAGGAUGAGGACCUUCUGCCAGACCAGGGCAAAGACUUACAUCCCAUCAUGGCAGAGAUUCAGAACCGCUGGGCUUCUCAUACUAGGAGUGCCUUUGAUGAAAGCUGCCUCAACCUGCCACAGUUUGUACAGCUCAUGGAAACAUUUGUUGGUGAAGACAUUUCUCUGCCUACUGUGAAGAUGCUUAUUGCAUUUAUCAAAGAAGAAUACAAACAGACAGAAGAGGAAAAAAUGGAACAACUAGAAAAAGUUCACCACAUUUCUCACAUGGCCCGACGGAAGUUGCUUUUGGAGGCACUUUUUGAAAAGUGGGACAACAAUGCAUCUGGGUUUCUGGACCUGGAGGAGGUAGAUGCUGUUCUAAGCACAUUCAAGGAAGGGAUGGAAAAAGAGGCCUUGAGGAAGGCAAAGAAACACCUUUGCUCCCGUUACCCACAGCUCAGCAGAGUGGGGAAGCUAUCCCCAAGGGCAUUCCAGACUUUCCUUGAGUUAGUUGCUUCUGAGUUUACUGGCAAUGAGGAUGAAGCUAUUGACAACUUGGUGGAAUUUCUGACCACAAGCGUGGAGCGAAGUCGCAUGGAGUGCUUGCGGAGUUUAACCAGGAGGAAAUGGCUGCACAAUAUCCAGCAAGCAGCUGAGACCAGCGGAGCGAGCAUGGAACCUGUUUACAAAGCCGUGUUUAAGGCCCUCUCCCAGGAUGCAGAAGCCCAUGGGGAUAACAAGAAGAUCAGUGCAUAUAUUGCCCUUUUGGAAGAGAACCAGCUCUCACCAGGGCACGGGCAGUUUCUGCUACGCUAUGUGGCAUGUACCGCAGAUGAUGCUCCAUAUGUUCUAAACCAGACACUUUACAAAGACAUGAAAGGAGUAAGCUUUGCAGCUGUUGAAGAGGGAAAGCCAAUCCAUGUUCCAAGAGUUCAGUUCCACGGAAAUAUCCACUUCUGGAACUAUGACUGCCCAGUGGAGGAAAGAAAAGGUUCGUUUCUGGUACUGCCAUUGCACGAUGCUCGCUGGAGAGCCUUUGGCAUUCUAGGACUUGACACUCUUCGGGACCAGUGUGAGAAAACCAUCUUUCUGACCCAUGAGAUCAGUUUCUAUCAGGGAGUUUCUCACGCAUUCAGCAAAGCCUACCACCAUAUCCACACACUGGAAAAUGUUCUACAGAUGACUGUUACUGCUCUGGACUGGUUGUAUCCCAGGGCUCCCAGCAUCCACAAUGUCAUUAUGUACCUGGUGGAGCCUGGCAAAGACAAGGACUAUGCUCUGCGCAAAAUUAUUACUAUGGAUAAUACAGGACAAAAAGAAAUUCAUAGCUCUCCUGUUCUUCUCCUCAGAAAAGAAAACUUCUUAAGAGAUUACCUGUUUAAGUGCAUAGACAGUUCAGAGGUCAUUCGCACUUCUGUCUAUGGCGAAUACCACAUUGCAGCAGCUCUCCACGACCUGUCAGGGCAAGCUCUUGGCCUAUUUGACAUCAGCAUCAGACACCAGCAGAAAUUACCACCUCAUGAACACAAAGACCUGCAGAAAAUGCUAAAGAUGGCCCAAGCUGCCUGCUCUGAGAUACUGAAGAUGUCUUUAGAGGAAACAGAACCAACCUAUGUACUGGGGUCAGAACAUGUGGCAAAUUUGAGGCAUGCGGGGAUUCUGUUCCACCAGUUCAUGCUGCAGGACCUGCGCAAGUGUGUCCAGAAACUCAAUGCCCAGAGCUUUGCUGAAAUAAAGAGCUAUGCAGAACCACCGGCUCUGGUACAUAACAUAGUUAAGGCUGUGCUGUUGCUUUUCCAUCCAAACUGGAAGGUCUCAGAGGAGAUGGAGAACUGGAGUCAGUGUAAACUGAAACUUGAUGACAAUUUGAUUCAGGAGAUUUAUUGCUUUGAUCCAACUGCUGCAUCUGUGCAAGAUCAAGCAGACCUGCUGCUAGACUGCAUUACUGGGGUACCUAGAGCGGCGGUGCGGCAGCACGGCGGGGCUCCAGCCGAGUACCUGUAUGACUGGGUACACACCUGCCUGUCGCUAGCAGAGAUAACACGGAGCUUGGAUCAUGAAAAACCCCUUUAGCCCCUCUCAGCAUCCAGUUCUAGCGUGUCUCCAAUUAAAUCUCUGAAUUCCUCAUCUAACCUUAGCAAUUCUGGUAUUUGACAUCUGUUAGUUGACAUCUUUUAUUAAGUUAGCUGUUGUUUUAUUUAUGUUUUACACAUAGCCACUAAGUAUUUGUUGUAAAGAUGGUUGGAAGUCUGUCAGAAUUAAGAAAAAGCAAUAAAAAGAUUAAAGGAAACAA